AUCUCUUCGCCCCCUUUUGCGAAACCCUAGCCGAGGGUUUCCCGUUUCGUCUCUAUUCCUCUCUUUGAAACCCUAGAAUUUCGAUCCCCUCUUCCCCGAAACUCUCCCUCAGGGAUUUCUCCUUUUUUUCCAGUUUUUUUCUUGCAGACAUCCCAGAACCUUCGGUCAAACCCUAAUCGGUGAUAUCCGGUCUUGAAUGAUGGGUGAAGCUAGGGAGAACAACGACUAUGAGGAGGAACUUCUUGACUAUGAAGAAGAGGAUGAGAAGGCCCCGAACUCGUCUGCGGCCAAGGCUGGCGGCGAGACCGCCAAGAAGGGAUAUGUCGGGAUUCACAGUUCUGGGUUCAGAGAUUUUCUUUUAAAGCCAGAGCUUCUCCGGGCUAUUGUUGACUCAGGAUUUGAGCACCCAUCCGAAGUACAACACGAAUGUAUCCCUCAAGCUAUCUUGGGAAUGGAUGUCAUCUGUCAAGCAAAGUCUGGCAUGGGAAAAACUGCUGUUUUUGUUCUCUCAACACUUCAGCAAAUUGAGCCAAUUCAAGGCCAGGUUGCAGCACUUGUCUUAUGCCAUACCAGAGAGCUAGCUUAUCAGAUUUGUCAUGAGUUCGAGCGGUUCAGCACAUACUUACCUGAUAUCAAAGUUGUAGUCUUUUAUGGCGGAGUACACAUUGCAAAGCACAAGGAUAUACUGAAGAAUGAAUGCCCUCAUAUUGUGGUUGGGACACCAGGGAGAAUUCUAGCACUAGCGAGAGAUAAAGAUCUUUCUCUGAAGAAUGUGAGGCAUUUCAUUCUUGAUGAAUGUGACAAGAUGCUUGAGUCAUUAGACAUGCGGAGAGAUGUUCAGGAGAUUUUCAAAAUGACACCUCAUGACAAGCAAGUCAUGAUGUUCUCAGCUACGCUUGGCAAGGAGAUCCGUCCAGUUUGCAAGAAAUUUAUGCAAGAUCCAAUGGAAAUAUAUGUUGAUGAUGAGGCCAAGCUAACCCUGCAUGGUCUAGUACAGCACUACAUCAAACUGACGGAGUCGGAGAAAAAUCGUAAAUUGAACGACCUCCUCGAUGCAUUGGACUUCAAUCAGGUGGUUAUCUUUGUCAAAAGCGUCAGCAGAGCAGCGGAGCUGAACAAGUUACUAGUGGAGUGCAAUUUUCCAUCAAUCUGCAUUCACUCUGGAAUGUCACAGGAAGAAAGAUUGACAAGGUACAAGGGCUUUAAGGAAGGGCACAAAAGGAUUCUUGUGGCCACUGAUUUGGUUGGCAGGGGCAUUGAUAUUGAGCGGGUGAACAUUGUCAUAAAUUAUGAUAUGCCCGAUUCUGCUGAUACAUACUUACACAGGGUUGGUCGUGCUGGUCGUUUUGGAACCAAGGGGCUCGCAAUUACAUUUGUGUCAUCUGCAUCUGACUCAGAAAUUCUCAAUAAGGUCCAAGAGAGGUUCGAAGUUGACAUUAAGGAGCUUCCUGAACAAAUUGAUACCUCUACAUAUAUGCCUGCCUGAUACUGAUAGCCGGUCGGAUUGUUUUGGUGAACAAUUUCAGUUACUCUUUGCUUGUGAAGGACUGCUAGCUAUAGGGCAAACGUUUGUUAGGCCUUCAGUUGGGUUGCUAAACAAGGCGUAUUCUGACUCUGUCUUUAAGCAGUUAUUUUGGUAGCAGUCGUUGAGAUGUCAUCCUAAAGUCAAGACUUUUAGAAUCAUUCAGUCAUGUUAUUAGUCUCCCUCUUCAUUCAUACUCAGCCAUUAUGCAGUAUCAUGCAGUUGCUAUUAUUAUUAUUAUUAUUAUUAUUAUUUUGAAUCUACUUAUGACCUAUGCUUUAAUAUUUAUGUUUUAUGA